AUUCGUCCCCUCGAUUUGCGCAAAAAUUCUUGUUAUAUCUGCGUUUAAUGUUUCACGGAAAGAGUAGAUUAGAAGACUACCAUUGAAUAUUGAUAAUAUAGUGCAAAACUCAUAAAGGGAGUCAAAAAUACGUUGGGAAAUUUUUAUUGAUAAUUGUCCGAUAGAACGCUGAAUACAUCUGCGUGAAGUUGUGGUGUCAAGUUGAAAAAACCAUUUAUUGAACGAUGUUCCAUGGAAUUACAAACCAAGUUUCUUCUUGGAUGGGGGCUGCUAGAGGUGACAACGAAGAAAAAGUUCCUACCCCAACUGAAGAUAAUAAUGCGAUAGCAGAUUAUGAGAAAAAAGAUAUGAGUCCUACCAAACAAACUGGAAGCAAAUUAGAUAUGUUAACGAAUGUAAAAGGUCAAAUUCAAGGCAUUGGGGGUUGGAUAGGGUCCAGUAUCCCUAAAUUGAGAAAGGGGGAAGAACAAACUCCUCAAGAAAUUCCAGAAGAACAGGUUGAACAGAAUAAUAUGGUGUCUACGGAACAAACGGUUAAACCUCCUAAAGACGAUGAUGAUAAUUCAAGUGCUACUGGAGGAGCCGACUCAGGACCAGGUUCUAAUGCCGAAACUCCAACUGAUGAAAAAGAAGGCCAGUUUGGAAACGUUCAGAGUAAAGCUUUGGCUGGUGCUAAAUCUUUUGGGAGCUUCCUCUACUCAGCUGUGAAUAAAGCGGGUAAAACUGUUACUGAAUCUGCAGCAAAGAUCAAGGAAACAGUUGAAAAAAAUAGUAUUCUUGGUGAAUUCAACAAAGAGCAAGAAGCUUUCAUGAAAAGCCAAGUUGGAAAUUCGGCAACAGCUCUACCUCCAUGGGCAGGAUGCCAGAACGAGGAAGCUUUGAAAGAGGAAUGUCUUAGUCUAUCUACUGACCGAAGAAGUUUUAUACGUAGUCCUCCUGCUGGAGUUGAUUUCCAGUUUGAUUAUGAAGUAUCCUAUCCAAUAGCUAUGGCUAUUAUGGAACAGGACCCCAAUUUAGAACAGAUGCGCUAUGAACUUGUGCCUAAAGUAAUUUCUGAAGAGAACUUCUGGAGGAAUUACUUCUAUCGUGUUAGUCUUAUUUGUCAGGCUAAUGAGAUGUCAUUCAUAUCAAAAGAUGGGGAAAGUAAAUAUGUAACAGAAACUUCUUCUGAUCCAAACUUAGUCAAUAGUGCAAAUGAAAGGCAUGAAUUUGUAUCAGACACAUUAAGGACUGACCAGGAAGUGCUUGCUGAGGUUGAAGAAGGCAUGAAAAAAUUGAAUAUGGGAACAAAACCUAAAGAAGAAGAUUGGGAGAAGGAAUUGGAGGCAGAACUACAAGAUUACGAGGUUGUGAGCGAAAAUAACAAAUUGACAUUUUCGAAAAACGAUAACUGGGAACAGGAGGUGGACGAGUUACUACAAGAUGGCAUAGAUUUGAAGUAAAAUUUUUCGUUUCUAGAUAUCUAAGAUCUUUAUUUUUAAUUCAAUAACGAAAAUUUAUGAUUGCAUAAUAUCAUUGGGAUAAUCUAGUCAUUUUUUUUUAAUAUGCGCAGUAUUUUUCGAGAAUUCGUUAGGUCACUAUAUUACUCCAUUUCAAUGUAUUUAAAAUAGUUGAACAGUGUUUAUGUGUACGGAAUUCUUGAACUUGCUGUAUAUCAUCAUGAAACUCUUAUUAUGCUGCACUUGGUCUAAACCUGGAAAUUUUGUGGCGUACCUCAUGAUAAAAACAUUGAAGAUCUUCUCUUUUUGCUUCAAUAAAUAAAUAUAUGUACAUAAUCCUCUGUAUUUAAUCUAAUUAUUGAUAGUCUCAUUGUACCAUAAUAGGUAGCAGUUUUGUAUUUUAUUCGAUUUAUGUAUAUAUUGAUGGGACAUUUUAUUUCAUUCAGUUUAUGUGUAUCUUGAUUUAAAUGACUCAAAACACACAUUAUGUUCAGAAAGUUGAUGUAUUAUCAGAGUAGCACUAGUUUUUGUGUACAAUGCAUGUCAAAAAUGUAUUCUUAUUGUUAUGAUAAUUACAGUUGUUGAAUAAAUGUAGCAAACCUGA